AUGGCUCGAAACAAGGAAAACAACCCGUUGUCGUCAAGUAAGCGCAAUGGUCAGCACACCAGAAAUCCUCCGAGCGCAGACUUCUUCACCGACAGCCUGCUCGAUGACUCGCGUCUCUCCAGCGCCUCUUUGAUCCCAUCGCCAUCGAAGGCGAAGCCAGCAGCAGUCAAACCCCGACGCGCCCUCCCUGCGACUAGGGCGUUGCAGACAGCCAAAGAUCUGGGCAACAAGCAGAGUCGUACCUCGCUGUUGGAUUACACGAAUGCGCGCACGAGCAAGCAGCUGAAAACGUCGCCCAAGCUUACGAAAAGGAAGAGCCCGAGUCCCACACGAACGAAUGGACUCACCACACCCCCGCAGUCCCGACAUGGCCCGCCUGUUAGGAGUCCCAGCGAGUUCUCGAGCCCUCCUGGUGGCCUCCAUGAAUCUUAUCAGCGAAUAGCAGACGAAGAGGAUCUGGCGGCUACAGAAAGAGACGUUGACAGUGACGAGGAUGAAGUUGAAAGAGACCAGCCGGACACCUUGGAGCUCAAUAUGAACGCCAUUGUCCCCGAGGAUGCACAAAGCCAGGGACACUCAUAUGAGGACCGUGCAUCACAACACACGACACCUGUUCAAUCACCUGUCGAUGACCGGACUGGGAGUCUAUCUGCACCGCCCACCCUGGGUACGUUGGACUUCGUUCAGAACGAGAUGACCGACCGUGUGCUGGCCGAAAAGCUGACGCCUCAUGUCAUUGAUCGCGCUCGAGAUCGAGCAAGACUCCAACGGCUGCGACAGAGCGUGCCAAUCAACUUUGGGGACAGAGCGAGGGGAAAGGUCAAUGGCGGACAUCGGCGCGAUGAUCUCGCUAGUAUCGCCAAUCGUGGCCCCAUAUCGUUCGACAAUAUCCUGGGUGCUGGCGCAAACGGGUUACACAAGGCGUAUUCAGACACUAGCGCCGAUGCCACCCCGAAUAAAAACCUUCGGCCACUCGGCACGGUUAGUCGUAGGCUGGAGCCGACGACUGUGCCGGAAGAUGAUGAGUCUGGCAGCGACACAGCAGAUGAACUUCGGGAAGUGGAAAGGACAAUUGACCUGAACAAAGCCCGCCAAAACAGGGUGUCUGUGGUGGGAACUGAAGGUCCGGGACCUGGUCCAGACCCGAGGGCAUCGGUAUUCUCUCGUUCCUAUGGUGGGCCCGGACCUUAUCAGGACCCUUCGCGGAUACGUAAUCACCAGCCGCCACUAAGUGACCCUACAAUGGCAUCGGUCUCUUCAACGCGCUCGGAGCCUACUUCAGCGGGCGCUUAUGAUAAGCAGACCAGGGAUUCAACACGUGCCUUCCUUGCUAGAUGGCGGCACGACGCGGUUCAGAGACGCGCCGCUAAAGCGCAAGAAGAUGCAGACAAGAGAGAAUCGAAUCAUGAACCAGCAGCUGCGGAAGAACAUCCCGCUACCUUCCAAAAGAACGAGGACGAUGCCGGGUCGGAAAUUGAUUGGGCGGCAGCAGGGGCAGACAUUCCAUUGCCAUCGGUUGAGCAGAGUUCAACGCCUCGAGACAGCCCUCCGUUGAGGACGCUGCCUUCUUCCAUCUCCAAGCAGAGCUCGACCGACCGAAUAAGAAAGUGGGAAAAUGAUUUCACUGGCAUGUCAUUCCAGGUCUCGGAAAGCCCGCCGGUUCGAGGGCGGAACAACCUGAACGACUCAUUGAGGGAGAAGGAGAUGGAAGAUCUCACGGAGAACGCUGUCGCCUCAGACCGUCUAUAUGAAAUCUUUGCGAAAGAUUCUAAUUUGAAUGUACGGAAGUCCUCACGCAAUCUUACUCCCGAGGACGGCAAACCAGCGUCUACGGAACCACAACGGCAAUCGUCAGUCAGUCAAUUCCAUGGUAGCCAUGAUGUGGGUCAAGCGAUUCCAGACACGCCAAUCGUCGUGUACAGGUCGUCGAGCCAGAGCACAGACAAAUCGAAAUCAUCCGAACGCUCAGUGUCAAAUUCUCUCGAUCAGUUGCAGAGGCUUGCUCGGGCCGUAAGCACAACUCCCCGAGCAAGUCCCGCCCUAAAUGACAUGGUCAGAGAAGUUGAGGAAGCUUCUGCCAUCCCUUUACCAGGUCCUGAAGGAGAUCCAAAGGCGCGGUCUCCAGAAACACGUCCCAACGGUGUGACUCUCGGUAGAAGAGUUGCGGAGACGCCGAAGAUUGUUGGCGCAUGGACCGAUACCAUCCUGCCUGAUACAGUCAAGACACAGAAACAGACGCAGAAGGUGCCGCAGUAUGCUCAGACUCCGCACAUCAGUGCCGGAGGAUGGAUUGAUACUCCUCUGCCCAACGGCGCUCGCUUGACAUCUGUACCUAUUCCUGAAGUCAUUGAGGAGGUUACUGAGUUCGUCGAGAAUGGCGGGAUCCAGAAGGAAAGUGAGAAGCCGGCCACAGCGAAAGACGAAACGGACAAGGCAGCAGCAACAGGUCAAGAGCAGCCACGAGCAGUUCCACAUCCUCCCACAACACAGCAAAUCAUCCUCCCUCCUAGCGCGCUGACAAAUGUGCUUAACGAAGCCAAGCAGAACCGCUUAGUAUCACGCGACACCAACGAAGCUCGGCCGGAGUCCCGCGACGAUACAGACACACUGAACCUAGGCGAUGCCACCAUUCAGUCCAUGGAAGACCUCCUCACCGACGCUGCGGACAUUACGGCUGAUCUGACCACACUGAUCCGAACAAGUGCCGAAGAGGAAGUUCUCGCUCUAAGGCAGAGAAACGAUGCUGUUGCUCCCGCCGUCCGGGGUGAUGAGGUGGGAUCGACGUCAGACGUCGCUUUUAUUGGGCAUCUGACGAGCCGCAUGGAGAGGCUAAUGUCGAAUCUGCACGAAGCACGAAAGGGUAUCUCAAGGCUAGAACAGAAAGUUUCGCAUGCACCUUCCGUCACGGUCACGUCUAUGGAUCAACAGACUCAAGCCCUCGUGGCGGUGCACGACCCACGCCAGCCCUGCGCGGUAUGCGGCCGGCCCAAUGACGACCUCACACCUCAUGUCCACCCCCUUGCUCCGAUCAUCACAUCAUUUCUGGGUUUCCCCAUAACGUAUACGACGUUCACUCUCCCAGUUCCACUCCUCUUCCAUCCUCGCACCAUCGCCACUCCUCAAGGCUCCAACUCCAAGAUGCUCACAUUACUCCCCGGCCGGCCGACAUGGCUUGGUUAUCUCAUUCUGACCUUCUGGACGUGGUAUAUUCUCGAAUGCAUCAUGACGGAACUGUAUGCACGACCUCUCUAUGCCGAGCGGUAUACUUUCCCACCCCCUGGCGUUACGGAGCCGGAGUUUCCGUUCGUGUUGCCGACAAUGCUUUGCCGGGGUAUGUUCGGACAAUAUGGUUCCGCGGUAUUAGAAAUACUGGGAAACAUGCUGGGUGGAGCCUGCAGAGUGCUUGUCGCGGUUUAUCGAGUGUUUGCGAUGGCGGUGGGGUGGAGCGAUGGAUUCGUUGACGACGACAGGGCAAAGCACGUUGUGGCGGCUGCCACGAGAUCAGCGGUCAAGGUGGCUCAAAACAUUGUAUCCGGCGCCGAUGGAGGUGAAGGAUUGAGUAUGAUGAAUGACGAACUAGUAUGA